UCUGCAGCCGGGGCCAGGCUUAGCUGAGCCCAGCCCAGGGUCGGGCAGGAGGCAGCAGAUGGUGAAGCUGCCCUGGCUCUGCCUCUCCUCGGUGCUGCUCUUGGCUGAGCUGCUGCCAGCAGCCUGCAGCAUGGAGCCCCAGGACCUGCACCAGGCAGACAGCUGGCAGAGCUUUGCAGCCCAAAGCUCCCAGAGCUUCGCCUCUGCCCUCAAGCGGCACUCGGAGGGGACCUUCAGCAGCGACUUCAGUCACUACCUGGACAGGAUGAGGGCCAAGGACUUCGUGCAUUGGCUCAUCAGCACCAAGAGGUACAGCAGCUCCAGCAAGAGGUACCUGAAGGAGCAGCCCAGCAGUGGCCCCUUCCCAGCUGCCUUCCCCCAGCUGUAAGUGACCCC